UAAAUUUACACAGAAAAAAGAAAAGAGCCGUCUAUGAAAGGACAACUAAAAGAAAAAAAUUCUUGCUAUAUCAUUGCAAGUAAAAGUUGUGAAUUUAGUUUAUAUGGUUGACAUAGGAAGAUAACUGAACAUUUAAGCUAACAUGUAGUAACAAUUUUUAGCUUAAUCUAUUGAUUCUAAAGCUUAUUUUUUUAUUACCGUUAUAGAUUUAUAUUAGUUUACAUUAACUAAGUGCUCAAUAAUAAUUGAUAAACUAAAAGUGUACAUGUAUAAUGGAUUAAGGGUAUAAUAAUUACAUAAUAGGUUGCUGCCGCGUUGUUUGAGCUAGAGCUCCGUCGAGCUGAUUCCUAAUUGUUUGUUUUUGCCUCGUAAAAUCUAACUUAUAAUCUAUCACUCUUUCUUUUUCGGUGGGGGAACACAUCCCCAACAUUAUUUUAUAUAAAAAACAUUUGGAUUACCUUGAUAUCGCUAGUUUUAUCCGACUUCCCGAACUUUCGCUACUAGCUUUAGCCCGUUAGCAUUAGCGGCGUGCCACGCCCACGCUACGCUAGCGUUUGUACUCUUCUCUCUCACAAUAUUAUUGUUUCAUCUACUCUAAUGGCGAGUGUAUUGGAUGUUUCUCUACCUUUAUGUGCAGGUGAGGACACGUUUGAGCUGCAUGCGGUGCAGUUGGAACUGGAGGCCGUGGAGCGGCAGAUCCGGAUCCUUCUCGAGAAGCAGGCCGAGCUACGCGAGCGGCAGACAGCGCUGGAAACUUCUCGCGCUGACGCUCACCAACCCUCGGGCCCGAGCACCAAGAACGCGUUCAUCCCAGCCCUCGUUCACUCCGGCGCCGUCACACCAGGGACCUUGGGUGCUUCAGCAGCGGAAGACGCGAGCCAGGCCUCGGACCAGGACCUCUCCUCCACCGCCCCCGGUCUUCGACGUCUCGACACGGAACCGCUUCUCCCCUCUUCGCGAGGCAGAACGCGACGCCGUGGUCAUCGGAGACUCCAUCGUCCACCACGUCCACGCUACCACAGCCAAAGGUAAGGUGCGCAGUCACUGUUUUCCUGGUGCUCGUGUUCUCGAUGUCUCUGUGCAGAUUCCCGCGAUACUCAACGGUGCUGAGACCAUCGGAGCUGUAGUGCUGCACGCGGGGGUGAACGACACCAGGCUGCGGCAGACGGAGGUGCUGAAGCAGGACUUCAGAAGCCUGAUCGAGACGGUACGAGCCACAUCGCCCGCGACGAAGAUCAUCGUGUCCGGACCGCUUCCGACGUACCGACGAGGACAUGAAAGGUUCAGUAGAUUAUUUGCUUUAAAUGAAUGGUUGAUGUCUUGGUGUAAUGAACAGAAGCUGCUCUUUGUAAAUAAUUGGAAUCUUUUCUGGGAGCGUCCUAGGCUCUUCCGUGCUGAUGGCCUGCACCCCAGCAGCAUCAGAGCUGAUCUUCUGUCAGAGAACAUCUCCAAGACGCUUCGCACCAUAUGACUAGUAAGUCAAACCUCAAAUCACAGCCUGUGUUCUGCCCACUUAAUUGAUAGAAAUGUGAGUGUAGUACAGUCUAUAGAAACUGUGUCUGUUCCCCGAAUAGUGAGGUUUAACAAUAAAAAUAAAGGAUCUAGAAAAAACCUAAUCGUGAUCAAACCAGAUUUUUGUAAAAUUACUGAACAAAAACAAUCUCUAAAACUAGGGCUACUAAACAUUAGAUCGCUGACACCUAAGGCAGUUAUCAUAAAUGAAAUUAUCACGGAUAAUAGUCUUGAUGUAAUUUGCCUUACUGAAACAUGGCUUAAAGCAAAUGAUUAUUUUGGUCUUAAUGAGUCUUGUCCACCUGGCUACCGUUAUAAAAAUAAAUGCCGCCUGAUUGGCCGUGGCGGUGGUGUAGCAACAAUCUAUAGAGAGAUACUUAAUGUUACUCAGACAACAAACUACAGGUUUAAUUCAUUUGAAAUUCUUAUGCUAAAUGUUACACUCUCAGAUAUAAGUAAAAAGUCGCUACUAUCUCUUGCUUUGGCUACCGUUUAUAGACCUCCAGGGCCUUAUGCUGAUUUCCUAAAAGAGUUUGCAGACUUUCUCUCAGACCUAUUGGUCAACGUUGAUAAAGCGCUGAUUGUUGGAGAUUUUAACAUUCAUGUAGACAAUACAAAUGAUACGUUAGGGGCUGCGUUUACAGAUUUACUAAACUCAUUUGGGGUCGAACAAAACGUCACUGGACCCACUCACCGUCUUAAUCAUACUCUAGAUUUAAUUAUAUCACAUGGAAUAAAUCCUACUGAUAUAGAAAUUCUACCGCAAAGUGAUGACGUCUCUGAUCACUACCUUGUAACAUGCGUACUGCAUAUUGAUGAUAUUUGUCAAAUUGCGCCACAAUAUCGACUAGGCAGAACAAUUCUCCCGACAACUAUAGAUAAAUUCACAAAUAAUCUGCCUGAUCUGUCUCAGCUGCUCAUCGUACCCAAACACGCAAAUGAUCUUGAGGACAUGACUAGCAGUAUGUACACCAUUUUUACUAGUACAUUAGAUACUGUUGCACCGAUGAGAUUAAAAAAGGUUAGAGAGAAAAAUACUGUUCCAUGGUACAACAGUAUUACUCGCGCUAUGAAAAGAGAAACUCGUAAUCUAGAACGCAAAUGGAGACAAACUCGUUUAGAGGUCUUCAGAAUCGCAUGGAAAGACAGUUCGUCCCGCUAUAGAAAGACUCUAAAAGCAGCCAGGGCCGAGCAUCUUCGCAAACUUAUAGAGAAUAACCAAAACAAUCCACGGUUCUUAUUUAGUACAGUAGCUAGACUAACAAAUAAACAGACAUCACCAGAACAAAAUGUUUCAUUACAGUUUAGUAGUGAUGACUUUAUGAAUUUCUUUAAUGAAAAAAUCGAAAGUAUCAGAAAUAAAAUUGUAAAUGUACAACCUUUGAC